AUGGACCAAGUCAAAUACACAGGAGAGCGAAUGCACACAGAGGACAUGGGCUCGAAACAUUUGACCCAGGAGACAGUGAAAAAGCUGAUCAACCACUCACAGGAGGCAAAGAAGCAAGCGUACUGCCCUUACAGCAAAUUCAGAGUGGGAGCAGCUCUCCUGACCGCUGACAACUGCCUGUUUACUGGAUGCAAUGUGGAGAAUGCAUGUUACAACCUGGGCAUAUGUGCUGAGAGGAACGCCAUUUCAAAAGCAGUGUCUGAAGGCUGCACAACAUUCAAGGCUAUUGCAAUCGCCAGUGAUAUGAGUGACCAAUUCAUCUCUCCGUGCGGUGGCUGCAGGCAGUUCAUGAGAGAGUUUGGACCCAACUGGGAUGUUUACCUGUCAAAGCCUGAUGGGUCGUACAUGAAGAUGAGCGUCAAUCAGCUGCUGCCGGUCUCAUUUGGUCCUGAAGACCUCGACAUGAAAAAAGUACUGGACAACUCCAACAAGUACUGAAAUCCCAGUCCACUGUCACAAACUAACCAUAGUGCAACUGUUAGUAUAUUGAAAUUCUGUACAACAGGCUCAGCACUACAAUUCCAAAAAUUUCUUUGUAUUUUAUAGUAUCUUAUGUAAUGAUGGAAAAGGUAUGCAUAAAUGUGUUAAUUCCUCAUUAAAAUAGUUUCACAGCUAUUGAUACUGGUUGAUUCAAUGUACAUUAAUUCAUAUUGUAUUUACCUGAAUAAAUACACAGAAUCAUGCAUAUGACAAAAAACAUUUAUUAGGUGAAUGGAAGGAAAUGACAUCAAAAUAGUAUGUGCAGUGUACUUAAAUAAACUUUUAAAACAACCUCUCAAAGUUGAAUAUCAUCAAAUUCCAUAAAAUAUUACUUCAGCAGCAAAUUUUUUAUUUCAUUAUAGAAUUAUAAAAGAUGAAGGUAAAACUACAAGUUGCCAGUGCAAGCUCAUUAAACCCUUAUUUGUGGUAGUCUUCCAUAUUUCAUGCAUUUUAAAUAAAAAUAAAAUAACUGGAUUUAAGGUUCAGGCCUCAAAAUGUCAACUAGUUUAAUUACUUCUGUCGGCUGUGUCUGCCUCUCAUGAAUGCGUGUCAUGCAGAUCAGAUUUUGAAUUUAUUUUCAAGUAUGUGUUACCACAGCUAGGUCAUUAACAUACAUGAUUAACCAUGUAAUGGCUGCUAUAAUUAAUAAAUUCAAUGCACUUGUGCCAAAGGCCUUGUUCAGAUGUGGCAUUAGUACUUGUAUGUGAAUUGAAAAAAGUAAAACAAAUCACAUCUGGUGGUUCAUUAAUAACCACUUGAUGAUUUAUUCUAUAUUGUACUUUUGCACUGAAUAAUCCAUGGACUAAUACUCUUUAUCCUCAUUAGUAAGACAAUUGAGUGUAAACAAUGAUGAGAAUGCACUAGUUGGACUAGUUCUUGAAUUUUUUUUUCCUAAAGCGUUUUCUACUGUACCCUGAUUCUUCCAUUUUUUCCUCUUACAUAUAGUUUAAUUGAAUAAUUAUUCAAGUACUGUUUUUUUUAAAUGUUCUAUAUUUAGCCACAGUAUCAAUGUUCAAACUGCCCAACGUCACAAUGGCUUACAAUAAUGCUUUUAAGAAAAAAAAAACAACUAUCGUUAUGGUUUUCUCCCGGUACUCCGGUUAUAUCCCAUAUUCCGAAAACAUGGAUGGUGGAUUAAUUGAAGACUCUAAAUUGACUAAAGGUGUGAAUGUGAGUGCAGUGUGUCUAUAUGUACCCUGCAAUUGGUAGCCAACCAGUUAAGGGUGUACCCUGCCUCUUUACAGCUGGGAUCGGCUCCAGCACACCCAUGACCCUAGUGAAGAUAAGUGGUGCAGAAAAUGGAUGGAUGUAUGGAUGGUAGUACCGGUAGCAUGCAGUUACCAAUCAGUGCUCUGUUUUGUGUCACUAGUGGCAAAUAGCUAUUCUAUUAUUGGGCUCCGUUGUCUUACUCGUGAGGACAAGGAGUGUCCGAAACGGAUAUGGGUUAAAUGCUUGCCAUGGUAGCAGGAGGUUUUUCACUUAACUUCUUCCACUAAUUGGGACGAUUCACCCCCCCACCCCCU